AUGAAUUUUACCAAAUUAAUCGCAGUUUUAUUUUUCAUCAUUAUUAUUUCUCAAAUCAGGUGAGUUUUCAAAUUUCUUGUUUUUCAGCUUUCUCAUAGAAAAAUUAAUUUUCAGCGCGUUUCAAGAUUUAAAUGACGCUGAAAAUCGUCUAUGUGAUCGUCUCGGUGGACAAAAUGUGAAUUGUGUCGUCAAAAAAUCGCAGACCGGAAUAAAAGUCGAAGAAACAAAAGAUGAAGAAAUUUUGGCGGAAAAAUGCAUGCGAUUCUCGAAUGCUUGUUUAGAAUUUCGAACUUGUUUGACGAAUUGUCGACUCGGUUAUGAUAUUGUACCGUAUUCGGAAACACAGGCGAGAAAUGAGCGAAUUGUUAAUCCGUGUUUGAGAAUGUUGAGUGCUUGUAGCAGUUCGGUUGAGGAGAUUGAGCCAACAACUGAUAAUCCUUUUAUUUUUGUAUGA